GAUUCUUAGACAUGUUUUGAAGGUGGGGAGCAUUAAGCGAGAAAUGACCUUCACAUUUCAAGCUGAGGACUUCAAGCGUGACUCCAGUAAGAAGCUGUCUCACCAUCACCUGUUCCCCUUGGCCAUGGAGGAAGACAUGAAGACGGUAGACACUAAAAAAGCCGGCCGGAUCCUUGACCAGGAGAAGGAGAACACUCGUUCCAUCUGUCUCCUCGAGCAGAAACGAAAAGUUGUCUCUUCCAAUAUUGAUGUCCCUCCAGCAAGAAAAUCUUCAGAGGAGCUAGACAUGGACAAGGUGACCGCAGCAAUGGUACUAACCAGCCUGUCAACCAGCCCGUUGGUGCGAAGCCCUCCUGUGCGGCCAAAUGAGGGCCUCAGCGGGUCGUGGAAGGAGGCGGGCUGCGUGCCGUCCAGCACGAGCAGCAGCGGCUACUGGAGCUGGAGCGCGCCCAGCGACCAGUCCAACCCGUCCACGCCAUCGCCGCCGCUGUCGGCCGACAGCUUCAAGCCCUUCCGCAGCCCCGCACAGCCGGACGACGGCAUCGAUGAGGCCGAGGCUGGCAACCUGCUCUUCGACGAGCCGAUUCCCAGGAAACGGAAGAACUCCAUGAAGGUGAUGUUCAAAUGCCUCUGGAAGAACUGUGGCAAGGUGCUGAGCACUGCAGCAGGUAUCCAGAAACACAUCCGGACCAUCCACCUUGGGCGCGUCGGGGACUCUGACUACAGCGAUGGGGAAGAGGACUUCUACUACACAGAGAUCAAGCUCAACACAGACUCGGUGGCAGAAGGACUGAGCAGCCUGGCUCCAGUUUCACCCUCCCAGUCACUGGCUUCCCCUCCGACUUUCCCCAUCCCCGAUUCGAGCCGAACGGAAACUCCAUAUGCCAGAACUGACACGAAGCUGAUGACUCCGUUGAGCCGCUCGGCCCCCACCACCCUCUACCUCGUGCACACGGACCACGCGUACCAGGCCACACCCCCAGUGACCAUUCCGGGAUCAGCCAAGUUCACGCCCAAUGGCAGCAGCUUCAGCAUUUCUUGGCAGUCUCCCCCGGUCACUUUCACAGGCAUUCCAGUAUCACCAACGCACCAUCAUCACCCAGCGGGCCCUGGCGAGCAGAGACAACAUGCCCACACUGUCCUGUCCUCCCCACCCAGAGGGGCUGUCAGCCUGAGGAAGCCCCGAGGAGAGGGCAAGAAGUGCCGGAAGGUGUAUGGGAUGGAGAAUCGGGACAUGUGGUGCACCGCCUGCCGCUGGAAGAAGGCCUGCCAGAGGUUUGUCGACUGAGCCAGCACCUGCACCUCCUGCUGCAGGGGUUGGAUAGAGCAGCUCCUUCUGACCGACACUUGGAGGCCCAGAGAAAGCCCUUCAGGGACCUUGGUGGCAUUAACAUCAACUCACCGUGCUCCUCUGCUCUGAGAGUCCAGCCUGAAAUAGCUAGAAUGGUUUUCUUCCCUUUCAAAAGAAUAGGUCUGAAAUCUGUGGACUGCUAUAGCAGCUGAACCAACCAAGCCCAUUUUUACCUAGAAAGGAGGUACAUUUUGAUAAGCUUUCUGAAUUAGGACAUUUGAGAUUUUUUUUUUUUUUUGAUACUUAACACCUAAGCUACGUGUUAUUCAGUAGCAUUUGUGCAGACAGUGAUGCCUACUUUGUGAAUAGCCUUUUCACAGCUUUUCCUUUGACUUGUUGGAGCACUACGCAUCAUGACGUGCUGCUGGGAGAGCAGCCCUCUGGGUGUCUUUUCUAUGUCUUUUGUUUUAUUUUGUUUUUAAGACCAGCCCGAAAUUGAACUAUGGUAGAGCAGUUAGCGUGGAAGGUCCCAGAUGGCAUAAGCUCAAAAAGCAAUUGGCAGCGGAAAUCACCAGCAGACUUCAGCCCCCAGCUGAGCCGAGGACAUCCUGCUGUCACUGUUGGGUACAGCUAGGAGUCUUCCUUGGGUCUGUGUGAAGCGCCUUCCCGAGAGGCAGCACAGUGAAUUCUCCACCUGCCGCGGUCAGACAGCAGCAGCACCUGGAGUCAGCUGGGUAAGCUCGCUUCUUUCCAGGAUGUGACUGGACCACAGCGCAGAUCUCUGGCACCAUUUGCCAUCCACGCUGUGGCCAGGUGAACGUGUCAUCGGUCCUUCCAUCCAUACACCACCACCAACCGAUCCCAGGAAAGGUAGAGAACUCCAGACUGUCCCCGAAGGUUUGCUUUAGACAACAGAACCCAGCUGACCUGUCCCAUCUGUUCAGAGAGUGACAUUAAGUCACUGGACCAGCUUCCCUGCUGAGUGCACUUUUCUAGGUUCUAUGCUUUAGAGUCUCUGGGAGAAGGGUUUAUGUAUAGUAUCAACAUAGAAAAAAGGUCUAAACCUUUAUUUUCUUGUAAAACUAUGGAAAAGAUUAAGAGUUUGCUCAAAAAGGAACAUACACAACACCAAAAGGAAAAUGCAUGUUGGUAUAGGAAUCGUUCGGUUUAGUAGGACCAGGGCUCGCACUGUGUGCUGGCUAUCAGGAUUUCUAACCUGUUUGCCGUACCUGCUCGCUUGUUUCAGUGGUGGAGGUGUGGGGAGCAGGGCACAAAGUCGAGCCCUGUAUGCAGGCUUGUUGGCCGUCUGCCCUGCUCUUGCAUGCCCUGCAAACACCCAACUUCUCACGUACCUGUGCAGAGCAGCAGGAGCACCUUACGGGAGGCACUGUGUGGGGAUGGGGGACGUAGGAUCAGCCAUAGGAAUGUUUGAUGAAAUUGCACAGAGGAGAGCUUAAUAUAUGUUUAGAGAAUGUACAUAGGCUUUUGUAAAAGAGUAGAAGUCACCUAAUAAAUACAGAUACCCUUUUCUAAUAUAAGCAAGAGUACAUAAGGAGGUUCUAUAGUGCAGCAUUCAUAAUUUGUGUAUUCAUAUAUUUUGGCAAUUUUAUUUUUUACACGCUCAUAUGACUUUCUAAAAAUUAUUCCUUGGAAGAGAUCCUGGUCUUUUCCUUCAUUUAUUUUUUUAAAAAGAGAAAAAAGUUUCAUCCAAAUUCAUAUCAAAGUUACUAAGUAAUAUUAGCCACACCAGGUGUGCUAGCUGUCCUGGCACUUGUGAAGCCAGACUCAGUGUUUCUCAAAUGUAGAGAUGUGUUCGCUUUCUUUGUGCUGCGGCAUCUUUUCUCAGUGUCCUAUUGCUUUGCCCGCAGCACUGCUGCUGUGACAUGACCCUGUGCCCUGGUCAGGAGGCCCUAGGGUGAGCAGCCUGCCCAGGAAGGCCUGCUCCAUCAAGCUCAUCACCGACUGUACUUACCUGACAGCAGUCAGGCUGCGGCCCUGCACCAGAAGUUUCUCUGCCCGGCGAAGCUCCUGGCCUUCAAUCCUUGGAUUAAGUCACAAAAGGGGUAGCAGGAGAAGGCUUCGCUGUGGAGCAAGGCUUAGUGGCAGUCACACCAGAAAUGCAGCCCAGGAGCAGCUCUGAGCUAAGACCGCGCUGAGCCCAGGUCCAUCCACCCUAAGCCCUGGUUGUCAGCCUGCCUGGGUGGAAACAGGAAGUGUCAAGCUGCAUGUGGCUUCCUGGGGACUUUUUCCUAAGGACUUUGCAAACAGAUUCUUCACCUCCUGCCUAGUGGGUGCUGCAUUUACUGACCAGCCCGGGCUCUGGGGACCUUCUUUUCUGGCUGCCAGUUGUGGACAGACUCUUCGUCCCUUCCUACAGUUGCAGCCACCAUGCCACUCCUGACUAGCCUUGAAAAAAAGGAGUUAUACUUCUAACAGGCUACACCAUGAGCUCUGAACUGCAAUACACAGCUACUAGUUAUACAAGUUAAUUUUUAAAGUAGUUUUUUUUCUUUUUUUAAUUUUUGGAACCAAAUGAAGUGCCAAAUGAAGCCAGACUUUCACUUUCUGCCAUCUCUGUGGCACCAAGUACUUUUACUCUCUACGCUUGGUGGGGGUUAGCCAUCCCCAGGCAAGCUAGCCACUGAACUGGAGCCCCGUCCGUGCCAGGGUGCUCAGAGGCCUGUCUGUGCAAAAGCAGUGGCACCACAAUGGGUUCUGGCCCAGUGAAAAAAUGUUCCAGGUUUGUUUUUACUCUUGAUGCCCCUGCUUUCGUACCAGUUUCUUGUUUCUCUGCAAAGAGGGUACUUCCCAGUGCCACACAGGCCACACUCCAGCUAGCUACAAAGUGAAGCACGCUCAGCAGGCAAAGUGUCAGGCCUUAGUCUUCCCAGAGUCUGGACCACAACAUGUGGCAAGCAGGAGACAACCUGGAGCCAUCCCAGGUGGUGACCGUCAGGGAGGAGAGGCAAGGCGCUGCGCUCAUCUGGCUCCUGCUCAUCUUUCGGGGCCAGCAGCAGCUGGGCCUGCACAGCUGCCAGGCCAUGUCUGGCAGACCUGGGCUUGUCCCCACCUCACAUGCUGUAAAGUUUCAUCCCGUGGUUGGCAAAAGCCAGUGGCAGGAAGAAAAUAAUGCUGAGGUUUUUUGUUUUUGUUGUUGUUGUUUUUUUUCUUUAAGAUAGGGUCUUGCUAUGUAGUUCAGGCUGGCUUGGCCUCCCAAGUACUGGGGUUAUGGCCAUACAGAGUGGGGGACUUCUGACCAGGACUGUGCAAAGCACCUGUCAGCAGCUCCACGUGCAAGCAAGGUGCCCUUUAUUAGACAGCUGCUGCCUAGGCAGAAGCAGGCUACAGAUGCAAAUUUUCAGUAGAGAUGACACUUGGACUUUUUGGAGAAAGUCAUGUGUAUGUUGCAAAAAAAACAAAUCUGAAAUGUGCUCCAUUAAAUGUCAGGACCAUCUGAGCUGAAGUGGGCCAGCUCUGGUGACGUGCUACACCACCCUCUGCACACAGCCCUGUGAUCCGACUCAGCCAGCACUGCUGAGGUCCACGCCCCCCCCAACCUCCCACCCCCCAUCAGACUGCUGGAAAACAAAGUGCAGCAUCACCUGAGAAGGCUCCAGGAAAGGGGCAAGAACUGUACAUAUAAAACACCUUGAGAAUAGUAGCAAAAUACUGUAAAUAUUAUUUCCUCAGGGAAACAUAAAGGCUAUGUGAAAAUAGGUCUAGAGAAUCCGAAGUCUAGGAAGAAUUUUUAUUAUCACUAAAGUCUUUUCUAGUCAGAACAGCUUUUUUCAUGUGAAAACAGUACCCUUUCAAAACGUGUUUCCGUGAACCGGACAGUACCGCCUUUGUGAGCCGUGAGGGGAGUGCCCCACAGAAGGGCUGUCUCUCAUCGCUGUCUGCACUCUGAGGCUGACAUCUGAACCCAGGCACAGAGCCUGGUGGGUGUUCAUAGACUCCGUAAGGCUUUUUCUGAAUGUAAUUGUGAGUACGAAGCCUUGCCAUUCCUUUUUAUAAUCACCCGGUUUGGGUGGCUGUUUCUUAGCUCUAAGCAGAAUUCUGUAGGUGAAAGCAAGCCGUUAAAGAUGUGCAGUUUGCUUUACUAGCAUGUUAAGGAGCAAACUGCUGCGGACUUCUAUGGACAAGGUGCUGCUUUUUCUCACAACCCUGUAGGAUUUCUAUCAACCACAUCAGCUGUAGCAAUGACCUGUGUGAACACAGGGAAGAUUUUGAGCAUACAAAUGAGUGGAAACAGCAGGCCUCAUGAAUGAGAACGUGGAUAAUUUUGGAGAAAGGCUGUGCACACGGGUCAACUGGAAAUUUCAUUUAUCUAAGAAAAGAACCCUACCAGCGGCACACAAACUCUCCCUGUUCCUCUACCUGUGGAGAUUCCUCCACAUUGAACCUGUUUUGUUCUGUCCUUUUUGCAUUGUAACUAGCCAAACCCGGAGUCGGUAAAUAAAAUGAGAUUCGCACUUUUAGGUAUCAGCUAUGUUGCCUAGUAAUGCACAUCAACAGAGAAAGUAUAAAAUGUAUUUAAGACCGAGUGGUUUGCUUAUUAUGGCUGACUUUUAAAAAGCCUAUAUCCAAUGAUAUACAUGCUUUAAAUGGUGUAUCUAUUAUAGGACCAAGAAUCAAAAUGGGAAUUUUACCUCUGGUCCUCUUUUGUAAAUAGUUCCUUUUUUUGAAGACAAUCUCUUGUUUUAUAGCUUUGGUUGUAUAGGUCUGAGAAUCACAAUGGUAACGUCUUGUGGCAAAAAUGUAAUCUUAACUACAAUAAUAAUUUUCCAAAUGACAUAUACUGCUUAGGCUUCUGUAAUUCCAGGAGACAUGACACUUUUAUACUAAGCGUUAGUACUCAACUUCUCAAGUUAGCAGAACUGGAAAUAUUUUACAAGAUGCAGUGUUUUGUAAUCACAAAGAACACGAACAUUUUGUGGGAAAUGACCUUGGUUUUAUACAUUGUAGCUUAUUUUUUAAAAUACGGUGUUUUACCAGACAGGAAGUGUUAACGCUAUACACAAUUCCUGCUCACCAACAAAGGGCUAUGCCUCUUUUAAGCAAAUGUUUUGAUGCAUAUCUUUUCAGUGAACCCUCUGCAGCAAGGGGAAAAGGCAGAUCCAACAGGAUGGUUACUGACAAGAGAAUCAGGAUGGCAGCAGCCACUCCUUCGUCACCACCACUAUGUUUUCAAAACAUUUCAUUAUAUAUAUUUUAAAGGAAAGAUUUAGCAGAAAUGCUUGUAGGCCACGGGAGAAAUAUUCUUAUAAAUUCUUUAGUAUAAAAUGAUAAAUUCCUUAUAAGUUUUCCCCUAAACCUAUCAGAACCACAAACCUGUAUGUAACUAGCGCACACAUUGCGUUUUUCUGAAAUCAUAGGAUCUACACCCAAAAAACAGAAGUAGGAGAGCAGUAGCGUUAGAAGGAGCUUGCCCUUGGCAUUCACAAGGCACUUUUAACUUCUACAUUGGGACACACGCUUGAUUUCCUUCACUGUGAAGAACUCACGGCACACAAGGUCGUGAGCAGAACAUAUUUCCACGAGUGCAGAAUCGGAGAGGAGCUGCUGACAGUGUAGUCACUGCACAAGCAAUUCUGAGCUUUGCCAAAACCAUUUCAUAAUACUGUACCAUUUUUUCAAGCCCACUCACUGUUACGACAAAGUAUCUUUUCAGGAUUCCAGUGAGUCAAAGCUAGUCUCACCAGCCAGGAAUACCAAGGCUAUCAGAAAGACAGCUGAGAUAGACAAGCCAGCUUACCCACUGGGGACUCCCAGUCAGAAGGUCGCCCUGACUUGGUUUCAAGUAGGGCUUUCAAACCUGUACAUACAGGCCUGGAAAAGCAGGACCUAGGGGGAAACUCGGCAGCCUAGACCCACCCUCACCCCAACACCCCCCCCCAUCUCUGAGGUGAGGCAAGCACUCCUGCAUCAUCUCCUUGAGAUGUCGCCAUAGUUAGCAGCUGGGGUCCCAAGAAGCGUUCAUCGCUGUGUAGUUUUCAGCCCAGUGAGCCUAUCACAUCUUUAAGUAGAAGCUUCCUAGUGGUGCAGAGCAGAGGCUACAGAUCUCGAGGCCUCAGAAAGGCAAGGAGAGUCUGGAAAUGACCCACGCACGUCUGGCAAAAGGAGGACCCUAGAGAUGGGUGAGACAUACUGUACCCCAGCACGCAUCUGUGGGGAAGGAACCCCAGGGCUGCUGGUUCUCACUUGGAAACACAGACUUGACAACCACCUCGUAUUUUCAGCCAACACUGCAGGUCAAAGAGAACGAUUUUCCCUCCCUGGCUAUCGGGUCCAGUUCCUUCCUCAGUGCCCCACACACACACACACACAGUGACACUCUCGGGACAAUUGAAAAAGGAGAAACCAGUCAUUUCAACCCAUAAGUUAAUCUUAUACAAUACUUCUAAGAAAUCACAGCUUUAGGCCAGCUUUGCCUCUGAUCCACAUGCUCAGAGCCACUGGCCAGCUCUAGAGAGUGCUGGCCACAGGCAACCCUGGGAGGUGACCAUGACAUCGAGUAACUGUGACCCUUGUUCUCAUGCCUGCUCGCUGCUGUGACCACUAUGACGAGAGGCUGGCAAAGAGAUGACAGCUGGGACCCCUGAGGUUUUAAGGUAGCACCCGAUGCCACCUGUGCCAAGGCCUUCUGCCACCCUCCCCACCCUCCUUCGGGAAUCAUCCUGCUCCGGUGAACUGCGACUGCCCCUUCACCUACCCACCAGCAAAGCCCUGGCUUCCCAGACACAGGCACUUAGAUGUCCACAGUGUCCACUACCUGAAUGUGGGUUUUCUACACAGGAAAUCAUAGUAUCUUUGGAGUCAAAAGCAAAGUGAGAAUAUAUCACUAAAAAUGUGAGCAGGCAUUGCUUGAUGCAAAGGCAGUAUUUUAAACUAUCUUACACUGGAGUCCUGGUAACAUUAGGAUGAUCCUAUGAGAGAAAGUCUUCUCUUUUGAGAUACACUAUCUCAUUUUAUUUCUUAGAAGAGCCCAGUAUAGAGCAGCAACCCUGAAGAUCACCAUGCCCACCACCUCCAAGGCUCUCCAAGUCCUCCCGACCCUCGGAAGUAGCCUCUUCACUGCCCACAAAGUGAAGGGCGGAAGCGGGCUUGUGAAAGGGCUGCUCAGACCGCAGUCCUGCGGGACAGCUGCAGGCCUGGGAAGACCGAGCCUGCAGCACCCGGAGUUCUCAGCGCACCCACCCACUCUCGCUGCUUGGUGCAGACUUAAUCAUCCCAUGUGACAGCUCCGUGCCCAGCCCCGUGAGCGGCUGAUUUCUGGACCCUGCUCACGAAAGCAGUAUCCUGAGUAAAAGUUUUGACUCCCUGAGAAAAUUACAUUUUGCUACUAGCGUUCCCACAAUUUGUAUUUCUAUAAACUUCAUUUGACACCCAAAAAUAUAACCAGGUUAUAAUUUGCAGUGAUCAAAUCAAAUAGCACCAUAAAUUCCAAGUUGGAAGUGCCUGGUGAUAGUCGAGUAUAAAUUUUAAUGUAACUUAAACAAUGGUGACAAAUGCCUGAGAUUUCUUUCAUUGUGAAUGACUAAAAUGUUAUCUAAUACAUGAAUAAACAACUUCUCCCCUUAGCUCACCAGGCUUACUAACUUGAAUUUAUCGUAAAAUUACCAAUAUAGAGUUUGUCAGAGUUAGAAGGUGCCUCAAAAAGCCACAUGGGCCUGUCACUAUUUUAUUGACAUACUCUUCACUGAAUGAUGCCUUUAGUAUGAGCUCGCAGUUCUGGCAGACGAAAUGGCCUGGCACUCCCUUCCCCGAUGGAAGAGUCACCCGGUUAUCACCAACACUGUGAUGGGGACAAACAAGGAGCCAAGCGCCAAGGAACAAGAAGAAGGCUGGGCCUCCAAUGUCACCUUGCUAUAGCUUCUGAAGGGAGGCGCAGAUUAUGAAUCCACGGCGGUCCUUGUUCUUUAAAAUGGUGUUCGUGUUUGGUACCAUCCACGCAGUUACCAACUUCCAGAGAGAAAAUGCCCUCUGCUUAUAUUACGAGAAUGCUAAAUAGUAAUUUCUGGGUUUCUCGCAUUUUCUUGCCAUGGUCAGUUCUCUAAAUUUGUAAUUCAAAAAAUUAGCCAAAGUACAAAGUGGCAACUCCUGAGAAAGGCAGGAGAGCUGACUUCCCUUUGGGACAGAGUGCUGGUCCAUUUGCUCCUGAAUGCUCUCUGUGUCCCUAAUGAGGACAAUCAGCCCUUAAGAAGAAAGCAAGCUUUAAGAGAGAAAGCAAAGAAGAGUCCCCAUCCCACCUUGCACGCCACCAUCUUGGCAACUACCUGUUCCUCUCCCUUCAUGGCUUCAUCUUCUCCAGCCAAAAGCCAGGCCACUCUUACACUUCUUCAUUUCCAAAGCCACGGAUGGGUGGGGCUUCUUUUCCUGCUGAUUGCUGUCCCUUACAGUAAGGCCAGAAUGAUACAUGGUCCUGGGAGAGGUACACUGGGCCUAGCUAGUGUGGCUUCCCGCUCCCUGCAGGUGAAGCAUUACCAACUGUCUGAACAGUUCAGGGGAUCUUAAGGUUCUCAGUUGUCUCACGACCUGCCAUACACAUAAGAAUCCUGCUCGGACUCAGUGGUAGAGUGACAAGGUCCACACCUCCAAGCCCCCCCACAGGCACCACAGUGGGAAUGAGCAGAUCCCAGGCCCGGAGGCGAGAUCCACCCCCCCCCCACAGCCCCAGCAGAGCAGAAGGCUUCCCGUGUCAUUGCUGUGGGCUCUGACCUCUGUCCACAAUUACAGCACCCAGAAACAGAACUGGCCUUUACUGUGGGAAAAGUAGCUCCUUCAGAGUAGAAUUGUUUUAAUGUUAUUUAAGGAAAGAGAAAAUGACUCCUGUCUGCUCCUCUUGGGGAGCCCUCUGCUCACUGUGGUGCAGCACUGCCUGCGCUUCUGCCCCAGAGAGCUGAGACAGAAAGGGACAAAGUGGAGCUCUAGGGCCUGCAGCUGCUCCUGUCAAGAGCCUGAAUUGCCCUCAGGGAUCAACAGCGGCCACUUCACAUUGAACCACCCACCCCACCCCCAAAGGGAGGAAGUGACACAUAACUUGCAAAUUACAAAUCCUUGUUUUACUGCCCCCCCCCCCACUUACUGGAACUCAAUGGCUAUUCCUUGACCAAGCCCUGUGACAUGGCAAAGCCCUCCUUCACAGCUCCCCGACAGAAACUCCUUGAACACUGGUAGAAAGCUUUAGAAUAGAUUUAGGUUUUAUAAGAAAAAAUUCAACCCCAGAAUUACUAGUUUCAUGCCAUCAAUACUGAAAAUGUCCUGGGUGUAAACUCAGGAAUGUGGAUCAUAUAUAUAUAUAUAUAUAUAAUACAUAUAUACACCACUAAUCCAUAUUUUCCUAUAAUACACCCUAAAAUUCCUAUUUUUGUAAUUAAUGGUUAGACAGUGGUCAGCCACUUAAACAAAUAUUCUCUGGAAUAACCAGACCCUAGUAUAGUUUCCAAAGUGUUUCAUAUAACAAAAUCCUAUAUACUUAAAAAGAACAACUCAGGAUAAGGGAAAACUCGCUAGGUCCCAAAGGGUUCAAAGACUAUCAUCCAAUACCACUUCCGAGUGGCCUGGUUGUUUCUUUCGAGCAAGGGGACUGAGGGGAGAGAGAACAACAGGAAUCAUGAAGCUUCUGUUGCCCUUAGUCCAGGGUAAGGUUUAAGAAAACUGCUUUUAAAAAUUAAGCCAUCUUUCAAGUUGUUUUCUACACCAAAUCUACAACAUUAAAAAGAAUUUACUGAAUAUUUAAAGUGGGGUAGUCAGUAGAAAUGCUACCAGUAGGAACAGCAUUGCUUUACUAGUGCCUGCUGAAUGAGUAGUGCAUACACCACAGAGGCAGACUGAGGAGGGAUCCGUCCCUUCUGCAGGACACUGGUGCUGAAGUGACAGGCAUUAGCACGCACGGGCACUAACCCGGCAGUGAUGUGGCAAUGCUGUCCAGUGUUUUGAGAUUUUGAAGUACAGUCUUGCCACCAUUUGGAGGGCAAGUGCUUGCUUAUGAAAGUUUUUAAUAUUAGUGAAUGAAUGUAUAAAAUUAUAAACUAUGCAUUUUCAAAGAGGUAAUGUAUUUUGUAUUGAAUCCAAGUAAAAUUUUUUCAUAGAGACUUACCACAACUGCAAAUUAUUCAACCUACACUUGAAGUCAUAUCCUUGUGGGGAUGUGGGAUGCCACAAUGCCCUUCUGCUUGUGUUCAAGACAGCACAUUGAAUCUUCCCUCCAAAGCCCCGGGCUCUAAACAACUUAGCUGUCGAAGUGAACAAAUGGGAAAUAGUUUGUAUUUUACUUAAGCAUACGUGAGAAAUGCUGCCUCUUAGAAAAUGUGCCCAGUUCCUUAGAGGCAGAUAUUGUAGUAACACCGGGCUAACAAGCAAGCGACACUACAGAGCGCUGCACUGGAGAGAGAUGGCAUAGGUCUUGUCGUUUGUGUGUAUUUCUCAAUUUGAGAAAAAAAAGUUCUACAUAAAGUUUGGAUCAUAUGAUUUUUAUGGUCAAAAUACUGUUUGAAAAAGCAAAUCAUAUUUUUUCAAAGUUACAUAAAAAUACUUGUAAUCUGAAAUUUAUAUAAAAGACACAUUUCGCCCCUUUGCUGAUUUUGUGUUUUUAUGAAACCUUUUUCCCCUGACAAUUUCUUUGCUCCUUAAUCAGUGCUUUACUACAUUACUUGGCACUUAAAAAUUUUUUCUUCAUCUGACAACAUGGAAAUAACUCCCUAUCUCUGCCAUUCUGGUUCUCUUCUGUCUGUUGAGAAACUUCAACUGUCUGUAAAAUACAGAAAACGCACUUGUAAACCUGGUACUUAGGACCACACUUAGGUAUGUUUGUUACCUAGUUAGAAGUUAGUUUGGGAGGGGCGAUCUGUCUUUUUAUAUGAUUUUUAGCCAAAUCUGGAUGUUCUGAUACUCCACUUCGGAAUACUUUUCUGACUGUACAUACAGCCUGUGGGGUUCAGGUUAAUCAACCUCUUCCGUGACUGUUCAGCAGCCUUGGCCGUGGCCAGCCUUUGGCACCCUGUAUAUAGAUUUGUUGAAUGUUUAAAUGAUGUUGUUUUUCUAAAUGCUGUUCUCUAAGACAAUUUUUUGAAUGUCUUUUGCUUUCCACUGUUUUGGACUCUGUGUGUUAGUUUUACAAAAUGUUUCCUACAUAUUUAACAGCAGGAAAAAUAUAUAUAUUUUAAACUAAACUGGUGCUAAUUGGAACAAAAGGAAAUUUUCAGCAUUGAAGAUUUACCAGAGAAAAUGUUCACACCAGUUAAACUGCACUUUCCCGAGGGGACAGCUGGCAUCGACCUGAAAUGGGUAUCGGAAAGACCACUGAAUGUUUACAAUGUCUGCGGCCCAUUUGAGUAUAAAAUACAGAAGAGGCCCUGUCCCCUGCCCCCCAGUGGAGGCAGCGCUGCGUUGCUCCUCCGGAAGCAUUUAGGUAGAAGGAGAGGCUGAUAGUAAGAAUCGCGUUAGUAAUAGUCUUCUGGUCUUUGGACUUUCAUGUUCUGUAAUGCUUAGCUGUAACAAUGACUGUGGUGUUGCCAAUCUAGUCUGACAUCAUCGUUGACCUGUACUUCCUUUGUGUAUGGUUCUACCUUGGCUGGUACUGGCACGAACCAUGCCAGCACGCAGGACUUUCGAUAAGACCAUCCUGACUUCUGCGCUGUCCACACACAUGAAUUUAAAUGCACUUGUAGCUGGUUAAUUACCAUGAAGUAAGUCUAACUUCCACAAUAAAAGUUUUUGUGUAUCUGC